GGGGUUUCUACAGGGCUCCAGGGGAAUCUGGGAGGGUCCUGGGACUCUCAGGACCCCUUUAGGGCUACUCAACACCCAUUUAUGGAGAAGGGCGGUGGCAAUUUUGAGUGUCGCGCCUGAAGUGACGUCACCAGCGCGACAGACCGAAGAGUGCCUCAGGCGUGAGGGCCAUGACCCGAUCCCGGCGCCAAGUUGAGGCCGCCCGCAAGAAGCGGCUCCAGGGCAAAGGCACGAGGAAGAAAGCGCCGGCGUUGCCGCAGCUCAGCAGCUUCGCCGCCCACAUCCGCCAGCGAGCGGAAAACAAGCGGAAAAAGGCGGCGGAGGCGCAGCAGCGGCAGCAAGAGGCACGGCAGGCGGAACUGGGGGCACGGCGGCAGCGCCAGACCCUGCGGCAGCAACGGGGGACGUCGGGGAGUCGGGAGGUGACGGCACAACCGGAGGAGGCAUCGCUGCAGCAUUGCAGUCGGGAUUUGCUCAAGGAGGAGGAGGAGGCGUCGCUGCGGCAAUACGGGCGGGAGCUGCGUAAGGUGUUGGAUGCGGCUGACGUAGUGCUGGAGGUCCUGGAUGCGCGCGACCCUCAGGGAAGUCGCAGCGCACAGCUCGAAGCGGCCGUUCGCAGCGCUGGACCGCGGCAGCGCCUCGUCCUGGUGCUCAACAAGAUCGAUCUGGUGCCGCGCGAUGUGGUCACUUCGUGGCUGAAGGCGCUCCGCGCAGAGUUCCCCACUGUGGCCUUCAAGGCCUGUACGCAGCGCCAGAGCCACCGCCUGAAGCAGAGCCGUGUCCCCGCGGGGGGGGCUCCGGGGGGGCUCCUGGCGGGGGGGGGCAGUGUGGGGGCCGCGGCGCUGCUCCGGCUCCUCGCCGCCUCCUCCCGCGCCGGCACCGCACGCACCACUGUCACCGUCGGCGUCGUGGGACACCCCAAUGUCGGGAAGAGCAGUCUCAUCAACAGCCUCAAGCGCAGCCGCGCCUGUCGGGUGGGGGCGAUCCCGGGGGUCACCAGGUCGGUACAGGCGGUGCAGAUUGGGCGCCACAUCCGCCUCUUGGAUUCUCCGGGUGUCGUCAUGGAAACGGGACCUUCUUCCCUCCUCCCGCUUCGGGGGGCCCUGAACCCCCAAACCCUACGGGACCCCCUCAGCCCCGCCGCCGCCAUCGUCCAGCGCUGCCCCCCCGAGCAGCUCCAGUCUGUUUUUGGGGUCCCCCCUUGUCCGGAGGAUCCGCUUCGUUUCCUGUCUCUCCUCGCGCUCCGUCGGGGGCGUCUUCGCGCCGGGGGGGUCCCCGAUUCCCGCGCCGCCGCCCUCGAGCUGCUGCGCCGCUGGAGCCGGGGUGAUAUCUCCUACUACACCCGUCCCCCCAAAACUUCUGGGGUACACUUGGAGUCCCACAUCGUCCCGGAGCUUUCGGCACCCCUCGAUUUGGACGCUCUGGAUCGCGGCGACAUCCCUGUUCCAGAGGUGCUUGUGGAGGAGGAGGAGGAAGAGGAGGAGGAAUUUGGGGGUGCAGAAUGCGACCUGGAGGUGCAGCUGCGUGCUCGGCCUCCGCCGGGGGAGUUUGGGGGCUCCCCUGUACCCCGAGAUCCAGCGCUGGCGGCGGUGCCGGCGCUGCCCCCCCUUUUCCAGGGCCACGGACUGCGCGCGGCCGGGCGGCGGCGACGGCGCCUGCGCAGGAGGGCCGAGAAGUUGGCGGCGAAGCUGUCACAGUCGCUGGAGUCGACGCUGCGGCUCUGAAAUCGCCCCCCAAAAACCCCACAGGAAUUUGGGGAGAAACCCCCCAAAAAAGGAGCUUUUUUCCAAUAAAACCACAGUGGGAAAACGG